CCAUGGCCGGCGCGGCCUCCCCCUCCCCGCGGCCCCCCCAGCGCCGGCCCCGGGCGGGGGAGCAGGAGCCCCCCCCGCUCCCCGCUUGGCAGCUCUCCCAGCAUGCCCCGGGGCAGCCCCACUCCCAGCAUGCUGCAGGGCAACACCAAGGGCCAACCUCCCAGCAGGCCAUGGGGCAACCCCACUCCCAGCAUGCCCUGGGGUACGGGCCGGAGCCGCUCUCCCAGCAUGCCCUGGGGCACGGGCCGGAGCCGCUCUCCCAGCAUGCCCUGGGGCAGCCCCACUCCCAGCAUGCUGCAGGGCAACACCAAGGGCCAACCUCCCAGCAGGCCAUGGGGCAACCCCACUCCCAGCAUGCCCUGGGGUACGGGCCGGAGCCGCUCUCCCAGCAUGCCCUGGGGCACGGGCCGGAGCCGCUCUCCCAGCAUGCCCUGGGGCAGCCCCACUCCCAGCAUGCUGCAGGGCAACACCAAGGGCCAACCUCCCAGCAGGCCAUGGGGCAACCCCACUCCCAGCAUGCCCUGGGGUACGGGCCGGAGCCGCUCUCCCAGCAUGCCGCGGGGCACGGCGAGGAGCCGCUCUCCCAGCAUGCCGCGGGGCACGGCGAGGAGCCGCUCUCCCAGCAUCCCGCGGGGCACGGCCCGGAGCCGCUCUCCCAGCAUGCCGCGGGGCACGGCCCGGAGCCGCUCUCCCAGCAUCCCGCGGGGCACGGCGAGGAGCCGCUCUCCCAGCCUGCCAUGGGGCACGGCGAGGAGCCGCUCUCCCAGCAUCCCGCGGGGCACGGCGAGGAGCCGCUCUCCCAGCAUCCCGCGGGGCACGGCCCGGAGCCGCUCUCCCAGCAUCCCGCGGGGCACGGCGAGGAGCCGCUCUCCCAGCCUGCCAUGGGGCACGGCGAGGAGCCGCUCUCCCAGCAUCCCGCGGGGCACGGCGAGGAGCCGCUCUCCCAGCAUCCCGCGGGGCACGGCGAGGAGCCGCUCUCCCAGCAUGCCGCGGGGCACGGCCCGGAGCCGCUCUCCCAGCAGGCCGCGGGGCACGGCGAGGAGCCGCUCUCCCAGCAUCCCGCGGGGCACGGCGAGGCGCCGCUCUCCCAGCAUGCUGCGGGGGCGCGCCGGGUGCUGUUUGCCGAUGCCCUGGGCUUGCCUUUGACCCGCCUGCGGCGCUACCAGCCCUGGCCGCCCCCCUCGCCCGAGUCACCCCCCGAGGUGCUGCCCCCCACCGGCCAGCCACCCCCCGCCCCCUACCUGCUGCCUGCCUUCGUGCUGCCCCCACCGGGGCAGGGCGAGCCGGAGCGGCUGGCGCGGCUGCACCGGGCCAUGGUGGAGCUGGAGGAGGUCCUGGCCCCGGGGCCAGACGAGCCCUGGCUGCUGCGGGGCACCGUGCGGGUGCUGAACGUGGCCUACCGCAAAGCCGUCCACGUGCGAGCCAGCCGGGACUGCUGGUGCACCUACCGCGACCAUCCCGCCUGCUACGUGCCGGGGGGCUCACCCGACGGGGGGCUGAGCGACCGCUUUGCCUUCAGCCUGCCCUUCGGCCCCGGCCAGGAGGGGGAGGAGGAGGGGGACGAAGCCCGGCUGGAUUUCGUGAUCCGGUACCAGACUGACGAGGGCGUCUACUGGGCCAAUAACCAGGGGAAGAACUACAGCGUGGUGAUGAAGGGCCUGCCCCCGCCCCGGGUGCCCCCCAGCACUGCCGGCCCGGGGCGGCAGCUGAAGAGUUGCAUGAGGCCGGAGAGGAUGAGGCCGUGCGAGGAAGAGCCAAGCGAUGAAGAUACACCAAACCCUGUCGAUGCGGAAGAAGGGAGCCCUGAAAGGGAGACGCGAAGAGAAUCGCCCUCAGCUCCCGCACCGCAGCCCACGGGACAGGUCCCGGCGCUGCCGGUCGCCUCCACGUCCCUGGAGACGGAGCUGCCCGCGAGGGAGCCCCCGCAGCCACCCGUGGCCGGCACUCUGGGGCCGGGGGACUCGUUCUUGGAGGCUGGCCUGGCAGAGCAGGCUGGGCUCUGGCGGGCGGAGGAGGAGGCCGUGGACUCGGAGCUGGAGCAGCUAUAUCUCUGCCAUCUCAGCCGGCUGCGGGCAGAGGAGCUGGGGGGCGCCGGGGGGCGGCCGGGGGGCAUGGAAGCGGCUGGCUCCCCCCCGGCCUGGCUGCCUGCCCUGCACCUGAGCGUGCUGAGCGACCGGGACCUGGUGGUCGGCUGCGCCGGGCCGGAGCGGGCGCUGAACAGCUCCCUGGCCCAGGAGAUCACCCGGCGUUACGCCAGCCCGGCGGGCGAGGGCCUGGAGAGGGGCACGGCCGCCCGGCUCACCCCGCCCGCCGGCCCGGGGCGAGACAGCCCCCCAGCGCUGCUGGAGGGUGGGAGCCAGGGAGCCGGCCCGGGCGGGGCCUUGCGGCUGCUGGCGCCAGCCGCCAUGGUGGUGCCGGCACGGACAGUGGCCCCGGUGGGGCGAGGCCGGGGGGGCUACGCAGGGCCACGGAGCCUGUGGUCGGGGGAGCCCAGGGAGGGGGCGCCCGGCUGCCCCCCGCGGCUGGGGCAGGCCCUGACCCGUUCCCUCCUCGUCCUGGGACUUGUGGUCGUCCUGCCCGUGGUCCUCGGUGGCUGCCUGCCGGCCGCGGUCAUCACCCUGUAUGUGGUUCUCACGUGGCGCCAGGCGAGCUAGGACCCAGGCGUCCUGGCUCCCAGCCCCCCCGCUCUAGCCCCCUCGCCCCCAGAGCCGGGGAGAGAACCCAGGCAUCCUGGCUCCCAGCCCCCCCACUCUAGCCCCCUUGCCCCCAGAGCUGGGGAGGCGUCCUGGCUCCCAGCUCCUCCGCCCUACCCCACACUUGUUGUGUCCCACACUGGCACUGGGGGCCACAUGUCUCUGAAGACCUUACAUCAGCUCAUUGUCCUGCUUUGCUUCUCCAGUGCACGACCCCCCCAUGGCACCGUAUUUAUUUUGUACUGGGGGGCGUGGGGGGUUCAGUGGGUCCCCCCCUGUGUGGGGCAAAGUGGGUCAUUUGCAGCAUGACACUUCCGCUGAGUGCAACCGAGAGUUUCGGU